ACUGUUCCCAGCUGUCUGUCUAUGAACACAGUAUACUGUUCCCAGCUGUCUGUCUAUGAACAGUGACUUCUCCAUGGAUCGUCCUGUCAAUUCCAGUGGUGGAAGAUCAAUUACCUUUGACCCAAGAUCAGUCACUAGUCAGAAUGUAUGAUAUUACUAGUGAGGAGAAUAAUCUUCAAUAUGUCAUAUAGAUAUGUUUUGUCAUGUGUAGUUUGUUGGAACUAAGUUUAUUAGAGGAAUUACUGCACCCUCUUUUAUCUCUGUAGUGGAUGGUCUACUCUGUUAGUGGAUCAGCAUCUCUCUCUCCUUUAUCUCUGUAUUGGAUGGUCUACUCUGUUAGUGGAUCAGUAUCUCUCUCUCUCCUGUAUCUCUGUAGUGUAUGGUCUACUCUGUUUGAGGAUCAGUAUCUCUCACUCUCCUUUAUCUCUGUAGUGGAUGGUCUACUCUGUUAGAGGAUCAGUAUCUCUCUCUCCUUUAUCUCUGUAGUGGAUGGUCUACUCUGCCAGAGGAUCAGUCCAAGUGUGCAGUGUGUCAGCAGGUUCUGAGGGAUCCGGUCUCUAUCACCUGUGGACACAGGUUCUGCAGACAGUGCAUCACCAAAUACUGGGAGAAACCUGCUCCUUCAGGAGACUAUGACUGUCCUCAGUGUAGAAAGAGAUCCAGAACACUUCCUGUACUACAGCACCUGAGUGAACCCAAUGAUGCAAGAGGCUCUGAAAACAUGGAUGACACCCUGCAGAUAGCUAUAGUAAACCAUAAAGACAGUCUGAAAAGGAGGUAUGAAUGUGUGAUAGAAGGCAUGGAAAAAGAAGGGAAUCAAACUCCUCUCAACAGGAUUUACACAGAGCUCUACAUCACAGAAGGAGAGUGUGAAGGGGUUAACAAUGAACAUGAGGUGUGGCAGCUAGAGACAGCAUCCAGGAUGCCACCCUCACAUGACACAGCAAUCCACUGCAAUGACAUCUUUAAACCCUUACCUGGCCAAGAGAGAAGCAUCAGAACUGUGCUGACCAAGGGCAUCGCUGGCAUCGGAAAAACAGUCUCUGUGCAGAAGUUCAUCCUAGACUGGGCUGAAGGGAAGGCAAACCAAGAAUUGGAGAUCAUAUUUGUGCUUCCUUUCCGGGAGCUGAACUUGAUCAAAGAUCUCCAGUACAGUCUUCUCAGACUUUUAAAUGACUUCCACACAGAACUCGACAUAGGCAAUGCAAAGAAACUCACUGCCUGUAAAGCUAUGUUCAUCUUUGAUGGUUUGGAUGAAAGCAGACUUCCAUUGGAUUUCCAGCACAAUGAAAAGGUGUCUGAUGUUACCCAGACAUCAUCUGUUGAUGUUCUGCUGACAAACCUCAUUAAGGGGAAUCUGCUUCCCUCUGCUUUGCUAUGGAUAACCUCCCGACCAGCAGCAACCAAUCAGAUACCACCUAAGUGUGUUGAGCAGGUGACAGAGGUACGAGGGUUCAAUGACCCACAGAAGGAGGAGUACUUCAGGAAGAGAUUCAGUGAUGAGGACCUGUCCAGCAGAAUCAUCUCACACAUAAAGACAUCAAGGAGCCUCCACAUCAUGUGCCACAUUCCAGUGUUCUGUUGGAUUUCUGCAACAGUCUUUGAAUACAUGUUGAGUACAGACAAGAGGAGAGAGAUGCCCACGACUCUGACUGAGAUGUCCAUACACUUCCUGCUCAUUCAGACCAGCCUGAAGAACCAGAAGUAUCAUGGAAGCGAUGAGAUGGAUCAGCAGGAGCUCAUGGAGUCAGAUAAGGAAAUUAUUCUGAAGCUGGGGAAGCUGGCGUUUGAAAAUCUGGUGAAGGGUAAUCUCAUGUUCUAUGAAGAAGACCUGAAAGAGGCUGGCCUUGAUGUCAAAGAAGCCUCAGUGUACUCAGGAGUGUGCACACAAAUCUUUAAAGAAGAGUCUGUGUUAUUUCAGAGAGUGGUGUACUGCUUUGUUCAUCUGAGCAUUCAGGAGUUUCUCUCAGCUGUCUACAUGUACCAUUGUUACACAACCAAGAACAUGGAUGCACUGAAGCCCUUCCUCAAGAGAAAGUCUAGAGGUGCGUCUGUAGAGAUUACCUUGCAUGAGCUGCUGAACAGUACCGUGGAUAAAGCCUUGGAGAGUAAGAAUGGACACCUGUACCUUUUUGUCCGUUUCCUUCAUGGCAUGUCACUGGAGUCCAAUCAGAAACUCCUACGAGGUCUGGUGACACAGACAGAAAGCAGUCCGGAGAGCAUCCAGAAAACAAUCCGAUCCCUUAAGGUGAUGCAGAGGAAGAACAUCUCCCCUGAGAGGUGCAUCAAUCUCUUCCACUGUCUGAUAGAGAUGAAAGACCAUUCAGUACAGGAGGAAAUCAAAGCGUAUUUGAGGUCAGAGAACAGAUCCAAAAACCUCUCCCUUGCUGAGUGUUCAGCGCUGGCCUACAUGCUGCAGAUAUCAGAGGAGGUUCUGGAUGUGUUUGACCUGAAGGAAUACAAGACAUCAGAGGAGGGUCGUAGGAGACUGCUCCCAGCUGUGAGAAGCUGCAGGAAAGCUCUACUAGCUGGCUGUAACCUCACAGACUCAUUCUGUGAAGUGUUGGCCUCAGUUCUCAGUUCAACCCCAUCACACCUGAGAGAGCUGGAUCUGAGUAACAAUGACCUGAAGGAUUCAGGAGUGAAGCUGCUCUCUGCUGUACUGGGGAAUCCCCACUGUAAACUUGAGACUCUGAGGUCAGUAUUCCUGUAGUUGGUC